AGUGCCAAAAUUAUGUUUUUUUUCUGACUGUAGCCAUGAAUCUGACCACUCCUGUGUUGCUCCUGCUGCUCACUGCCUGUGUGGCCAGCGGUGCGCUGCUGCCAAAAGCCUUAUGGCAGUUUGGGAAGCUGAUCCGCUGCGCUCAGCCCAGUGUUAACCCCUUAAAGUACAGCGAUUACGGCUGCUGGUGUGGCUUCGGGGGGAGGGGAAGCCCUCUGGAUGAAGUGGACAUGUGCUGUAAAGUUCAUGACAAAUGCUAUGAAGCAAGCAGAAAGGCUCCUGGCUGCAUGGCUAUCGCUGACCUUCCCUAUGUUCUUGUUUACGAUUUCACCUGUUCCAAUCAACAAGUGACCUGCUCAGCUACCAACAAAAAGUGCCAGGCUGCCGUGUGCGAGUGCGAUCGGUUGGCGGCUCACUGCUUUGCUCAGGCCACAUACAACCCUGACAACAAGAACCUGGAUCCCAAAGUCCACUGUGUCAACUGAGUUAUACAACACACACACACAAAAAAUGCAAGAGUAUGUUGGAUUUCUGACAUAUUUCUUUUCAAACUUUAAUUUCUCCGUAAUUUUUACACAAACCGGAUGUAAAAGGAAUUUGAUUUGAUACAAAGGCAUCAGUUUGAAAUAAAGAAAGCAAGUGAGAUUCUAA